UUAUCCAACAGCGUGGGAAGAGGGGGGUUGUGGAGAUUACAUAUACCUGCCAUGGCUUAAGAGGCUCUGAAGGUGCUCGGACCUGCAACAGGGAUGACGACACGAGAGUGAGAUCAUGCAUAUAGAUAUGUCAGACAGUGAAACAGCAAGUGGUUGGUUUUCAUAAAAGACUUGGAUCUUCUGGAAGAUUAACUAUCCACAGUGAACUAUCAUCAUAUGUGAAGAGAUUAUUAUGAGGAAACCAUUAGAGCCCUUGGACCCUGUGAGGAAUCGGGGGUUGAUUUGACUGGUCAGGUUUAAGCAGACUGGACGUGUAACCAUGCCUGGCGCUCCAUAGAUUCGAGACCACCGGACCCCUGAUCUGCCCAUAGACCAUGGAGUUCCCCUGCACCAACCUGGGGUCACAUUACACCCCUCUGGAACGGAGAGGCAGGUGUCACCGAGCGCAGCUCGUGAGGAGAAAACUUCGUCCGACUCGAAUCCUCGGUUUCAUCCUGUGCAUCUCUGCUCUCUCGAUGUUCCUGUCCUUUAGUGCCUUUACGACCACUUUGGGGCCAUUUUCAAAUAGUUUUCCACCCACCAACCAUGAGGGACUUGCAGAGCAAGUGCUACUAAGAACUGUCCUCUCUUCCGAGUUCAAGCACAACGCCUCAGGUCAGGAACAUACGCCCAUUGCAAUGGCCUCUUCUGGCGAACACAGCAAGGGCGAUUAUCCCGAAGACCUGUUCACACUCGAGGAGAGGCGACAGGGCGCUGUUGCGUUCCACAUGUUCGGGAUGAUCUACAUGUUCAUCGCCCUCGCCAUAGUGUGCGACGAGUUCUUCGUUCCCGCGCUCACCGUCAUCACGGAAAAGCUCCAGAUUUCGGACGACGUGGCCGGUGCCACCUUUAUGGCCGCCGGAGGCUCCGCCCCUGAGCUCUUCACAUCCAUGAUCGGCGUGUUCAUCUCGCACAGCAACGUGGGCAUCGGAACCAUCGUGGGUUCUGCGGUCUUCAACAUUUUAUUUGUGAUCGGGAUGUGCGCUCUCUUCUCACGGGAGAUUCUGAACCUCACCUGGUGGCCUCUGUUUAGAGAUGUCAGCUUUUAUAUUAUUGGACUUAUUAUGCUCAUUGUAUUCUUUCUGGAUAACUAUAUUACCUACCAUGAGAGCAUUGCACUGCUGCUUUGCUACGUUACCUAUGUGACGUUUAUGAAGUUCAACGUCACUGUAGAGACAUGGAUCAAAAGCAAGCUGACCAGAAAUCAAGUGGAUGACCAAGAAGCUCCUCCUAAGCUGGAGUCGGAUUUGUUGUUUACGGAUGCUGUUUGUCCCACGUAUGGAACACAGGUUAAUGCAGGAGAUGAUGAAAAUAAACUUUCUGCUAAGCCGCGCCUCCAGAGAGGAGGAAGCUCCGCCUCCUUGCAUAACACACUGAUGAGAAACAGCAUCUUCCAGCUCAUGAUCCACACACUUGACCCGCUCACUGAAGGGAAGUUCAAGGAGAAAGCAUCCAUUUUACACAAGAUGGCAAGAAAUAAAGGCGAAGAUGAAGCAAACGGUGUUGUAGAUAAGAACCUUCCCAACAGCUCGAGUGUGGAGGUAGAGGUCACUCCACCCAUGAAUGGUAGUGCUGGCAAUGCCGAGGAUGAAGAUGAGGAAGAUGAAGACCAGCCUUUAAGCUUAGCAUGGCCAGAUACGUCACGGAAGCGAGCAAUGUACCUCUUAAUUUUACCCAUUGUAUUUCCAUUGUGGCUGACACUGCCAGAUGUCCGCAGAGAAACUUCAAGGAAGUUUUUUCCUUUGACGUUUUUGGGAUCCAUUUCCUGGAUUGCUGUUUUCUCCUACUUGAUGGUUUGGUGGGCUCAUCAGGUUGGUGAGACCAUUGGAAUCACUGAGGAAAUAAUGGGCUUGACCAUUCUAGCAGCAGGUACUUCCAUUCCCGAUCUCAUCACCAGCGUUAUCGUUGCACGGAAAGGUCUUGGAGACAUGGCCGUGUCCAGUUCAGUCGGUUCCAACAUUUUCGACAUCACUGUGGGACUGCCGUUUCCAUGGUUACUGUUUUCAUCGGCGAACAACAUGAGUCCGGUGGCGGUGAGCAGUAAUGGGCUGUUCUGCGCCAUCGUUCUGCUCUUCCUCAUGCUCCUCUUCGUCAUCAUCUCCAUCGCCUUGUGCAAGUGGAGGAUGAGCAAGCUGCUGGGAUUCCUCAUGUUCAUGCUGUACUUCGUCUUCCUGGUGGUCAGCGUCAUGCUGGAGGACAAGAUCAUCGUCUGCCCAGUCUCCAUCUGAGUCCUUUAUCCUGAGCGCUCUUGUCAUUAUUCUGGUCACAAUCCCUUCAUCCAGACUAGGGGCACUUGGAUACUUGGACGUGGAAAUGCGUCUGAAUAGUAGUUUGUCAUGGGAAUGUAGUGCAAUAUCCUGCACUAUUUAAAAGCAGUACAUAGAGACUUGAUUUUUAACACUCUGCGUGCAGAGAUUGGACUUUAUUGAAGGACUUGAAGACCGUGAGGACAACACAUCCAAGGAGGCAGAAGACAUUUCUUUGGAGAAUGUCUACAGACUCAGGAAAGGACCUAUGGUGCAAAUAUGCAAUAAAAACACUAACGAAAAUACCAGCAAGCAAAACACUGUUUCUUGUACUGUGCUUUGAAGCUCAUGGGAUAAUAAGCCUUGUGAUGCACCGAUGACAAAUUUAAUGAAAGAAACAAAGCUCCGCAAUUGCUUUGUUUGAACGCUGGUCCUUUCUGAAUGUUUCGAGUAUAUCAUGUAACUUAUUGACUAGAUUUGUAGACGUAGUCUUUUGAAGCCUAGGCCUACAAAUAAUCAGUAUCCAACUCACAGAUUGGGAGCACUCGUACUAUUAAAUAUAAUCAAUCACAUUAUCUGUGUUAUUUGUUAAUGCAAUAUUUUUUGUGUAUUCUCUGGGACUAUUAUUUGGCAGAUCCAAUGAAAGAACAACUAAAAACUAGCAUGUUUCUUCACAAAUCCAGUGUAGUUUCUUAAGCUGUAGAAUGUGUGUUCAUUAUCGACUUCAUGGUCUAGACUCUGGAGCAAUAUUCAUAAACUGUCACACUUGUAAUUGGAACUGGCGGCUGGUGUGAAUGUGAAUAUAUAUGUACAGCUCACUUUGUAGUUUUUAUCAAAAAUUCAUCACUGCCUGUAUCUCUCGGACUGUCUUUCUAUGAUUGGUUGAAAAUGAGAGUGAAAUUAUUUUAUUGGUGCUUUUAAAGGGAACAGAGCACCCAGCAGCUUGACCGGUAUUCUUAGUUAAAAAGACAUAAUCUAUCCAUUCAUAUUUUCUGUGUAUUUCCCUACAGACAAAAUAAAAUGAUUUCUGAACUUACAAGAAGUAUUAUUUGAAGAAUCAGGUAUUUGUAUAUUUUUUAAAUAGAUUUUUUUCAAUUUGGAUUUAUGUGCAGUGUAUGUUGUGGGGUACAGUUUUAAUUAUCAUUGCGUUUAAUAAAACAUAAAGUCAAAUUUAUGAAAAAUUAUGCUUAUUACGACUCAAGCUACAUGUUGUUGUGGUUUACGUUCAUGUCAUCUAAAUUUAAGUAAACUUGUACUUUACUGUAUAAGACAUUGUACAUCAAUGAUUAUUUUAUAAUGGCUUUGCAAAGUUAGCAUUAUAACAAUAAAUGAUAAUAUGUAAGAGGGCCUA